AGCCCCGGCGGCGGGGGCCUUAUAGCGCGGGGUCCUUCGGCGCGCGGCCUGGUUCCUCUCAGAGCGGAGACGGCAAAUGGCGGACUUCGACACCUACGACGAUCGGGCCUACAGCAGCUUCGGCGGCGGCAGGGGGUCCCGCGGGAGCGCUGGUGGUCAUGGGAUGCGCAGUCAGAAGGAGCUGCCUACAGAGCCCCCCUACACCGCCUACGUCGGCAACCUCCCCUUCAACACCGUCCAAGGAGACAUCGAUGCCAUCUUUAAGGACCUCAGCGUCCGGAGCGUCCGGCUAGUCAGAGACAAAGAGACGGACAAGUUCAAAGGGUUCUGCUAUGUAGAAUUCGACGAGGUGGAGUCCCUCAAGGAAGCUCUGACCUACGACGGGGCGCUCCUGGGUGACCGGGCCCUUCGAGUGGAUAUUGCAGAGGGCAGAAAGCAAGAUAAAGGAGGCUUUGGCUUCAGGAAAGGCGGACCAGAUGACAGAGGGAUGGGCGGCCCUCGAGACUCCAGGGGCGGCGGAGGAUGGGAUUCCCGCGACGACUUCGGUUCCGGCUUCAAGGAUGACUUCCUCGGGGGCCGGGGCGGAGGAAGCCGCCCCGGAGACCGGCGGCCGGGCGGACCCCCGAUGGGCAGCCGCUUCCGGGACGGGCCUCCCCUCCGCGGCUCCUCCAUGGAUUUCAGAGAACCGACAGAAGAGGAGCGGGCACAGAGGCCCCGGCUCCAGCUGAAACCUCGGACAGUCGCCACCCCCCUGAACCAAGUCGCCAACCCCAACUCGGCCAUCUUCGGUGGCGCCCGGCCCAGGGAGGAAGUGGUCCAGAAGGAGCAGGAGUGAGCCCCGAGGCCCCGGGACCAGGGGAGAACUGAGCGCCAGAGCUGUGCAGCCGGCCCUGUCCUCCUCCUCCUCCCUCCUCCCUCCUCCUCACCCUCCUCCUCCUCCUUUCUCCAAACUGAAAACACGGAGCUUGUGAAUGCAUGUCAGCUGUUAACAAGUGGUUUUUAGUACGUUCUUGGCUUCGCUGUAUCUAGUGCCUGUUUUGUGCUGGUUUUUUUUUUCACGCUCCCCCCCACCCCCCUCUCCUCCUCUUCCUCCUUCUCACUCUCCCCACAGCCUGGUUUUCGAAGGCAAGUGGAUGAUGACAAAAGCAGCCCGGAGUUUCCCCGGGCAGAGGGGCUGCUCCCUGCCCCCCAGCUUUCUCGGCUUUACUCCGGAAACACGGGUUAGAGUGGGGACCGGAUCCCGGGUCGGUUCUGGGCCGGGCCCUCGGGCUCUCCCCGGGGCUCCGGCCCGCGGUGGGUCUGGGUGUCGGGCCCCCAGAGGCUCCUGGGGAAGCAGCGUCCCAUCCUCCGAGCGGAGCGGGGUCCCCUGCCCGGGAGCAGGGAGCAGAAGCGCCUCCGCUCUGGGGUCUCGCUGCAGCUUCUUUCGGGGAGUUUCCCGUCUGGGUCCCCAGCCAGACCGCUGGUUGCCGUGGCGAACCCUGCUUGGGUCUGGAGCUGGCGCUGGGGAGGGCUCUACCUCAACCGGAGGGGUCUCGGCACCGCCAGACGCCGCGACAGCCCCGUGGGUCGCCUCCCUGUCCCCUCCCAACCCCGGUCGCUCAGGCGGCAGGCUGCAGUCUCGGUUUGGGGCCCGGGGUUUCGGGGCCGCGAGAGCGGGGGCGACUCUUGCCUGUCCGUGUGGGAGACGUUUGGCCCCGUCUGUGGAUGAUGGAGUUUGCCAUUGUCUUGGGGGUGACGGGAACCCCCGGCUGCUCAGAAUGGGCCCCGGUCCCCACCGCCAGCCGAAGGGCGGAGGCGCAGUGACGAGGCGUCGUCGGCCGGGGUGCCGGCUGUCGGAGCGGGCCCACGGUUGGGGUGGGCAGGGCUUGCGACGCCUAGUCCGUUCCCUCUCCCGCCUCCCCGCCCCGGGCCUGCUGGGGAUAGAGCUGAGGAUGGAUCCGGACUGGCCUUGGGCCAGGCUCCCCCCACACCCCCCCAGGGGUCAGUUCUCCACUCUGGGCUCCUAAUGUCUCCUCUGUUAGACCCGUGUCUCUGCCACACAAAACCCUCCUUCCCUGUCCACUCUCUGUCAUCCGUCUCUCUACGUCCCGGUCUUCCCUCCUUCACCCUCUGGCCUCCUCCCGCCGUCAUCCUCCCUCCCCUUCCGCUGUCCUCUUCUCCCCCCGUCCCGUCCCGUCCCUCCCUCCCCAACCCCCCAUCUACUCUGCUUCGGAGAUAAGAACCAUUUGUGUAACACCAAUACUUAAUUUAAGAGAGACAUGCAUUAUGUGGUUGUAAUCAAAACUGAUACUUUUUGAAUGACCUACUUCCAUCCUCAAUGUGGAGAAACAAUGGGAAAGGACAAGAGUCCACCCUUAACCGCGGAAUCAGUCCGGUUGGCUUUUAAAUGCCAGAAUGGAAUCCCAAACCCUUAACCCAUUCUGCUUCAUGACAGAAAGUAAAUUUAUGGAUAUGGUAUUUUGUGAAUGAUCUUUUAAAUAAAAGAAAACCUUAAGUAAUAGUUAA